AUGUCCCGCGUAGUCACCGAAAUCGUCAACUUGACCUUCAACCCGGACACCGAAAUCGACAAGCCCAUAGCACGCCUGAUCGAGAUCCUAUCCCAGCAAGACGGCCUCCGCCGUUUAAAAUGGGGUCGGUGGGAGGAGGACGCGAAUAAAGUCCAGAUAAUGAUCAAUUGGGAUGAUAUAUCCUCCCACAACAAAUUCAUGCAAGGCCCGGCGUACCCGGGUCUCCUUGCGACCCUAGAUGGCCUUCUCGCAACGGGUCCGGCGAUUAUUCAUGCUCAUUUCGACGAGGAAGUUAUAAACAAGAUUCUAGAUGAUCCUGUUGUUGAGCUUGCGACGUUCUAUGGUAUUACUGAGGGCUUUGAGGACGCUGUUGAUAAGACUCUGGCUGUUGGGAGUGAGUCGGAGGGGUUUUUGCGGUAUACUCGUGGCGAUGUAGUCGAGGAGAUCUCUCCUGGUGAGACAGAGCCCAAGGGAAAAGGUCAUUAUGCGGCUAUUUCAUGGACUUCGGUGCAGGCGCGGUGGAAUGCCACGACCAGGAAGGAGGUGCAGGAGAGUGGGCAGGCGGUUGUCGGCAAGGUUGGGGGUUAUGAAGUACAUCAUGUCAGGUUUCAGUAG